GCUGUUCCCACGCGAAGCCGUCUCCGAUUCUUUCCACUCACAUUAAGCUUCGGAUUCAACGUAAUGCCUUCCGACAAAGUGGAAAAGAAGCGCAAGCGCGCUUCGAAUGGCCACGAACGGCCGAGUAAAAAGCCCGCUCUUGAAUUGCAAGAUUUGCCUCCUCUAGCGGUCAGCGUACUGGACGAUGAUAGUGAAUUGGCUCCUGUGAUCGUUACCACACCUGGUGUGAACGCGCCACAAAACCUUCGUUUAAAACCAUACCUUAAAGACCGCGCACACGGCCCCAGCCCAGGCCGUUCUACCCGAAACAAGGGAAUCGUCUCAUCUGAAUUGCUGCUGCAGACAUCAGAGCAUCCGAAGAUGGAUUUUGUGGGCCGUGAGGCCGAGGAUGACGCCGAUUCCCAGUUGAAGCAUUAUAUCGCUGUUGUGGAUCCUGAAAAGAAGAGUUGGCAAUUUGUCGAGGUGCGGAAGUUGACUCUUCGGGGAGCUGUUAGGAGAAUAAAGGUUGCUGCAGAGGAAGAAGAGGAGGUUGAGAGUGAGGAUGAGGAGAUGAAAACCCUGCGCGCUCAACGUACAGAACUCACCAAUACUUUCGGUACCAAGCAAUCUCGUAAAGCAGCACAGUCCAUGGCCGAAAACGCACAGCUGUCCAAUGCCCCUGCUGGUGCUGCCUCCGCUGCAGAAUCCGCUAUUCUUUCCUCUAUGCCACUCGACUCCGCUACCGACAUUGCUACCAAGACUGCUGCAGUGCAGGCCCAAGUUCAAGCCAACAAGCCCCUGCCCCAGGCCAAUCUGGCUGCAUCUCAUCCUUCGGAUGUGUACCCGAUUGAUGUGCUUGUCCCGGGAGGUCUGUCUACGCUUCAACAGCUCCCCGGCAUAAACGUAUGGGAGGAGGCCGUCAGCUCCGGACAGGCCGUGGCUACCACCUCACAAUACGUGUCUCGCCGGUUGGAAGCGGUCGUGAACUCCACCAAUGCUACCCAGAUCCAAAUUUUGCGUUUCAUCUUCCUGCUCUUCGAGUUUUCCCGUGCCCUCCGCUCUGGCAACUUAAAAUCAUCCUCCGGGCCUGGGAGCAAACGUCUGCCACCCCGCGAAGAGCUUCGCCGUAUCCUCUCCUCUCCCACCGGCGCCGAAAGCGACACAACCGAAACCCUUCCAGAUCCCGUCAUCGACGCCAUCCGCCGCAAGUUCGCCCCGCAAGGCUCCUAUCUCACCAAGAACGACGUCACCUAUCUCCAUACCACCAUCUGCGCCCUAUCGCUGCUUAUUCCACCUCAACCGGCCAAGGACGGUGGCUCCAGCUCUCAAGGAGGGAACGCGCCCAAUGAACUGGCGACAGACCCGUCAGAUCUGCGUGAUGACCUGCGUGUAGAGAGCACAGCCAUAUUACAAUAUUUCCGCGAGCUAGGCUGUCGCAUCGACAAGCCACGCGAGUCGGAAUUUGCCAAGUGGAAUAUCAAGGGUGGUAAGGCUGAGGCUAAUACUAGGCGUGUGGCUAGAUUGAGAGUCCCCGUUGAGUUCCCGAAGGUUAGUCGUGGUGGAAAAAGGUGAUUAUUUUCCUUCUUCUACUUUCCAUCGAAUAAUAAAAGUGCAAAAAGAUCGGUUUGCGUUGAGCUUGUCCCAGAUGCGAUUGGCGUUCGGUUUUACGUUGUACUAUAUGUACAUACUAUUUGUGAAUAAGCAUUUAAAUUACGAAUGAUCCAGAA